AUGAUUCGACCGCAAGAUCAGAGUUCUGGAGCUGUGACAUUGUGUACAUCGUCUUUAUCUCCUACGCAAUUCUCAGACAUAGGGAAAUUACAAGAGAAGUUCAAGGACUUAUUUCAUGAUGUGCAGGGUUUGCCACCACGGAGAGUUGUGGAGCAUGAGAUCCAGUUGGUAGGAGAUUCACCUCUACCAAACUUGGGUUUGUAUCGUACUUCUGUGACGGAAUCUGACGAGAUCAAAAAGCAAAUUCAGGGACUUCUUGAACAAGGAGUUAUCAAACCUAGCUGCUCACCAUGUGGUUCGCUAGUGUUACUUGUGCCUAAGAAAGACGGAGGCUGGUGUAUGUGUGUUGAUUAUAGGGCACUCAACAAAAUAACCAUCAAGAAUCGGUAUCCAUUGUCGAGGAUUGAUGACCUGCUAGAUCAACUACAUGGUGCACGCUACUUCACUAAGCUUGAUCUCAAAUCUGGCUAUCACCAAGUCCGCAUCCAUGAAGAAGAUACUUGGAAGACUGCAUUCAAAACAAAGCAGGGACUCUUCGAGUGGUUAGUCAAGCCAUUCGGGUUAUGUAAUGCUCCAGCUACCUUCAUGCAAUUGAUGAAUGAGGUACUCCGCCCUUCCAUUGACGACUUCGUCAUUGUAUACUUAGAUGACAUUCUCAUUUUUAGUGUCACAUGGGAGGACCAUCUUCAUCAUAUUGCUCAAGUUUUUGAGGUUUUACGAACAAAUCAGUUACAGUUAAAUGGUAAGAAGUGUGAAUCUGCGAAACAACACCUCGUAUACCUGGGAUUCAUUGUUGGUACAGGAGAACUGAAAAUGUACCUAGAGAAAGUACAUGUGAUUUCUCACUGGCCUACACCCCGUUCAGUAACUGAAGUUCGGAGCUUUAUAGGUGCAUGUCAAUAUUUGCGAAAGUUUAUUCGGCACUUUUCACAAAUUGCAGCACCCUUACAUUCACUUACAAAGGCCAAUCAAAAGUUUGAAUGGUCGAGAAACCAUGAAGAAUCUUUCCAAUUGUUGAAACGAAAGAUUACAAAGGCCCCAGUAUUAGCAUUACCGAAUCUGCAGAAACCAUUUGAAGUAGAAGCAAAUGCAUCAAACUAUGCAAUGGGAGCCGUAUUAUUUCAGGAUGGGAAACCAGUUGCAUACCAUUUUGAGAUGUUUAGUGGACCGGUAUUGAAUUAUCCGACUUAUGACAAGGAGCUGUAUGCAAUGCAUCAAGCAGUGAAGCAUUGGAGAGCUUACUUGUUGGGAAAAGAAGUUGUAGUUCACUCAGAUCAUAAACCUCUUCAAUUUUUAACUACACAGUCUAAGUUGCAACAAGCUCACCAUAUGAAAUGGAUGUCUUACCUACAACAAUUCAAUAUUGUGAUAAAGUACAAGAAAGGAACAACUAAUAAGUUGGCAGAUAUGUUAUAUAAACCACCUACACUAGUUAGUUCCGCAUUGCUGGUGGCUAUGCAAAUCCAACCAAUUGUUCCUUCUGAAUAUGCCAAAGGGUAUGAUACAGAUACUAAUUUCAACUCAGCCUAUGCCAAGCUACAACAAGGAAAGACUAGUGAGUUCCAAUUGAAGGAUGGACUAAUGUACAAAGGAACACAAUUGUGCAUUCCAGAAGAUGGCGAUAGAUUGUAG